AUGUCUGUGGACUCAAAUUCAAACAUUUCCCUCACUGACGUAGAGUACCCAGCCUGGUGCCAGGACGACGAAGUCCCAGUGACAAAAGCUCAAAUAAGAGCAAUCUUCGAAGAUCUGGCUCUGAAGUUCGGCUUCCAACAAGCCUCAAAGGAAAACAUGUUCCAUCUCCUACUCUCACAAUUGGACUCCCGUGCAAGCAGAACAACUCCACAAAGUGCUCUACUCUCUCUACACGUCUCUUAUAUCGGCGGCGAACAAGCAAACUACAGGAAAUGGUACUUCGCUGCUCAGCUCGACCUAGAUGAAGAAAUAGGAUUCCAAAAUAUGAAACUGCGCGGCAAAGCAAGAACUAGAAAUAAUAAAAUGGCUAAAAAAAAUGGUGUCUCAAUCAAAAAACAAAGCGAAGAAUGGAAACAGAGAGAACUAGAAUUCAUUAAUAGCCACCCAAAGAUCACCCUUACCCAAGAACAAUUCAAAGAUGAUACGAAUUUGAAAACUGCAGACUAUAAAUGGAAACUGAAAAUGAAACAACUCUCGUAUUACCAUAUGGUAAGACAAAUCGCUUUAUAUUUACUUUGCUGGGGUGAAGCAAAUCAAGUCAGAUUCACUCCAGAAUGUUUGUGUUUUAUAUUCAAAUGCGCACUAGACUAUGAUAUCGCUACAGAAUCUUCAUCGACUUAUGAAUUGAAAGAAUUCUCUUAUUUAAAUAACGUCAUUACCCCAUUGUAUCUAUUCUUGAAAACCCAAGUCUACAAAAAACAACAAGAUGGAACUUGGAAAAGAAGAGAACAAGAUCAUAAAGAUAUUAUAGGUUAUGAUGACGUAAACCAACUCUUUUGGUAUCCUGAAGGAAUAGAACGUAUUAUAUUGAGAAAUGGAGAAAGAUUAGUUGAUAAACCAUUACAAGAUCGUUAUUUACUCUUUAGCGAAAUCGAAUGGCCAAAAGUAUUUUAUAAGACUUACAAAGAAACAAGAAGCUGGAUGCAUAGUUUUACUAACUUUAAUAGGUUCUGGAUAAUUCAUUUCUCUUCAUUUUGGUUCUUCACUUCUUUUAAUUCUCCUGCAUUGUAUACAAAAAACUAUAUCCAACUAUUAAACAAUCAACCAACCCCACAAGUUAGACUCUCGGCAAUAGCUUUGGGUGGUACAGUUGCAUGCAUUAUACAGAUUAUUGCAACUUUAUUCGAAUGGAAAUUUGUCCCAAGGGAAUGGCCUGGCGCUCAACAUUUAUCUCAAAGAUUACUAGGCCUUAUCAUUUGUUUCAUAAUAAAUUUUGGCCCCUCGGUUUAUAUAUUUGGAUUUUUCGACUUAGAUGUACACUCAAAGUCUGCUUUCGUAGUUUCUAUUGUACAACUGAUCAUAGGUAUCAUCACAACGGUGUUUUUCGCAACAAGACCUUUGGGCGGUAUGUUUAGAUCUUACUUGAAAAGAGGUAAAAAAAGAAGAAGAUAUAUUUCUUCUCAAACCUUUACAGCUUCUUUCCCAAAGCUCCUAGGUAGAAGUCAAUGGUUUUCUUAUGGCCUUUGGUUCUUUGUUUUUUUGGCAAAAUUUAUAGAAUCUUAUUUUUUCCUAACUUUAUCCUUAAGGGAUCCGAUCAGAGUAUUAUAUAUCAUGGAUAUGUCCAGAUGCAAAGGUGAUGCUUUUUUGCAAACUUAUCUUUGUAGAUACCAGCCAAAAAUCACUUUGUUCCUUAUAAUAUUGACAGAUUUAGGUUUAUUUUUCUUAGAUACCUACUUAUGGUACAUCAUUUGUAAUUGUGUCUUUUCCAUUGUACUAUCAUUUUCAUUGGGUACUUCAAUACUGACGCCUUGGAAAAAUAUUUAUUCAAGAUUGCCAAAAAGAAUAUAUUCAAAAAUUUUGGCUACUUCAGAAAUGGAGACAAAAUAUAAAUCCAAAAUAUUGGUGUCACAGAUAUGGAACGCAAUAGUAAUAUCAAUGUAUCGCGAGCAUCUAUUAUCUAUCGAGCAUGCAGAAAAAUUACUAUAUCAACAAGUUGAUUCAAUGGCCAUGGACAAGAGAACUUUAAAAUCGCCAACGUUUUUUGUUGCACAGGAUGAUUCAACUUUUAAGUCAACUGAAUUUUUUCCAAUAGAUUCAGAAGCUAAGAGAAGAAUUUCAUUCUUUGCUCAAUCUUUGUCAACACCAAUAACUGAGCCCGUGCCAGUAGAAUGUAUGCCAACAUUUACUGUUUUAAUACCCCAUUACUCAGAAAAAAUUCUUUUAACCCUAAAAGAAAUAAUAAAGGAAGAAUCAUCAAAAGCUAGAAUAACAGUAUUAGAAUAUCUGAAGCAACUUCACUCAACCGAAUGGAAUUGCUUUGUAAGAGAUACAAAAUUAUUGAAAACUGAAAAGGAUGCAAUUAAAGAAUCUCAAGAUAUUAAUGGGGAUUUUUCAACCUUUAAUUAUGGUAGUGCUGAAGAUUACGAUGAAAAACAGGGGUCUGCUAAAUCAGAACAAGAAAAUAUACCUAUAGUAGAGGAAUUAAUUCAAACAAAGAUAAACGAUCUACCAUAUUUUUACUUAGGGUUCAAUUCUUCAGAAUCAUUUUACACUUUAAGAACAAGAAUUUGGGCUUCUUUAAGGACCCAAACACUGUAUAGAACAGUUUCUGGAUUCAUGAAUUAUUCUAAAGCUAUAAAAUUACUAUAUAAAGUAGAAAAUCCCACCAUAAUUCAAGUGUACUCCAAGGACCUAGACGCCUUGGAAAAUAAUUUGGAUAAUAUGUCUUAUCGAAAAUUCCGGAUGGUGGUUGCGAUGCAAAGAUACACCAAAUUUAACAAAGAUGAAAUUGAAGCAACAGAGUUGCUUUUAAGAAGUUAUCCUAAUGUUAACAUUUCGUACUUACUUGAAGAACCUAUAGAAGGAACACAAGAAACCGAAUUCUAUUCUUGCCUAACAAAUGGUUAUUCUACAAUUAAUGAAAAAACCGGACUAAGAAACCCGAUCUUAAAAGUCAAAUUAUCUGGAAAUCCAAUAUUAGGUGAUGGAAAAUCUGAUAACCAGAAUCAUUCUAUCAUUUUUUAUAGAGGUGAGUACAUUCAAGUUGUUGAUGCUAACCAAGAUAAUUAUUUAGAGGAAUGUUUAAAAAUAAGAUCGGUAUUAAGUGAAUUUGAAGAAAUAGAUGUAAUAAGAUCAGUGCCCUAUAUACCGGGCAUUGAAUAUGAAACUGAACCACCUCCAGUCGCGAUUGUUGGAGCAAGAGAGUAUAUAUUUUCUGAAAACAUCGGAGUUUUAGGUGAUAUUGCCGCAGGUAAAGAACAAACUUUUGGAACCUUAUUUGCAAGAACUUUAGCAGAAAUUGGUGGUAAGUUACAUUAUGGACAUCCUGAUUUUAUCAAUGGUAUAUUUAUGACAACAAGAGGUGGUAUAUCUAAGGCUCAAAGAACCUUACACCUUAAUGAAGAUAUCUAUGCCGGUAUGAAUGCAAUAUGUAGGGGAGGACGUAUUAAACAUAGUGAUUAUUAUCAAUGUGGCAAAGGAAGAGAUUUAGGGUUUGGAUCUAUAUUAAACUUUACAACAAAAAUUGGCGCAGGCAUGGGAGAGCAACUGCUUUCAAGAGAAUAUUAUUAUUUAGGCACACAGUUACCGAUUGAUAGAUUUUUGUCAUUCUUUUAUGCCCAUCCUGGUUUCCAUUUAAACAAUCUUUUCAUUUCGAUGUCCGUCCAGUUGUUCUUCUUAUUGUUAUUGAAUUUGGGUUCUCUUAACAACGAAAUAAUCAUUUGUAAUUAUAACAAGGAUGCCCCAAUUACUAUGUUAGAAAAGCCAAUUGGUUGCUAUAAUUUAAAACCUGCUUUACACUGGGUAGAAAUUUUCGUGUUAUCAAUAUUCAUCGUAUUCUUUAUUGCAUUUGCUCCAUUGUUAAUUUUAGAACUAUUAGAAAAAGGCAUAUGGAAAACGGUUUCAAGAUUUCUUCAUCACUUAUUUUCAAUGGCACCGUUGUUUGAAGUCUUUGUUUGUCAAGUAUAUGCAAAUUCAUUGUUAAGCGAUAUUACAUUUGGAGGAGCUAAAUAUAUUCCAACUGGGAGGGGGUUUGCAAUAUCUAGAAUAGAUUUUUCACUGUUAUAUUCGAGAUUUGUUCUUGUAUCCAUAUAUUCUGGUUUUCAGGUCUUUAUGAUGCUUUUAUUUGCCACGAUCACUAUGUGGCAGCCAGCACUUUUAUGGUUCUGGAUAACCGUCAUAUCUAUGUGUUUUGCACCUUUUAUAUUCAAUCCUCAUCAAUUCGCAUUCUCUGAAUUUUUUAUUGAUUAUAGGAACUAUAUCAGAUGGCUAUCUUCAGGCAAUAGCAAAUAUGAAAAAGAAUCAUGGGUAAGCUUUGUAAAGUCAUCUAGAGCUCGUUUUACAGGGUACAAAAGAAAAAUAAUAAACGAUAAAUCAGAGGUAAAUCAGGGAGAAUCUAAAAAAGCUAGUUUCAGAAAUAUAUUCUUUGUUGAAAUAUUUAUUCCAUUUUUCGUUUUUUUAAUAAAUUUUACAGCAUAUACAUUUAUGAACUCUCAAAAUGGUGUAAAAAAUGUGAAGCCAACGAAUUCUAUUAUUAGACUAAUAAUAGUAACAUUUAUUCCAAUUGUAUUGAAUAUGACAUUAUUGCUGGCACUAUUUUCUGUAUCAUUUUUUAUCAUGCCAUUCAUGUCAUUUCUUUACAAAAAAUCUGGGUCAUCAGUGGCAUUGAUUGCUCAUGGAGCCUCAGUUAUAUUUUAUUUGAUCAAUUUUGAGCUAAUGUGUUUUUUAGAAGGCUGGAAUUUUGGCAGAACUUUAAUCCUAUUACUUACAUCCAUCAAUUUACAUGUUCUGCUUUUCAAGUUGGUUACAAUUCUAUUUUUAACAAGGGAAUUUAAAAAUAACAAAUCAAAUAUUGCUUGGUGGACAGGUAAAUGGUAUAAUACUGGUAUGGGUUGGGCUGUCAUCUUGCAGCCAAUAAGGGAAUAUACAGUAAAGGUGAUGGAAUCUAGUUACUUUGCAGGUGACUUCUAUUUGGGUCAUAUUUUGUUGUUUUUACAGACACCAUUUGUCUUAACUCCUUUCAUAGAUUACUGGCAUUCAAUGAUAUUGUUUUGGUUGAAGCCUGGCCAUAUUAUAAGCAAUAAAAGAAUAUAUACGAAGAAACAAAAAGCUAGGAGGAAUAACAUUGUGAGAAAAUAUUUCGUUCUAUAUUUCGUCAUAUUAUUUUCACUUUUAGCGUGCAUAAUUGCACCUAUCUUAGCUAAUAAGUUUUUCCCGUCACCUUCAUCCAUGAUUACUUGGAGUCCAAUAGAAGGUUUAAUCCAACCUAAUCAUCAAAAAAACAACGAUACAGGGCCCAAUGCUCCAUCUACUGUAUUAACAACUACUCCUCAACUUCCACAAUUCAAAACAGUACCUUGA